AUGGCAACAAAGGAUAGUAAAGACUUCAUAUUUUCGCAGGAGCAGGGAAUAUCACUUAUUUGGGAGAAUUUUGUCUACUCCUUCAACAAGCAGUUAAAGGUAGUUCAAUUGAAGCAGAGAGAUAUGCCUGAAGUUAGUGAAGAAAUCAAAACCAGUAUGGUGACAAUAGCAAAGGCAAAGGGGCUAUUGCGGGAUCUAGAAGACCCCAACAACAAGGUUGAAUUUAAGCUAUUUGCUAGAUCUAAUGAUAUUGAUAUUUGGGAAAUUAUCGAUUGUGCUUAUAGAGUUCCCACUACGGAGAAAUCCAAGUGGAAUAAUGAUGACAAAAGAUUAUUUGCUUUAAACAAGUCUUUGCUAGAAUUCUUAAUCAAUGCCUUUGGCUUAUCUUUUGCUAACAUUCUUGAUUCUUUUGAUAGCGCUUAUGAGCUUUGGAAUUUAACAGAAACACAUCAAGGUGAUUUGGAGGCUAUCCGACAAGAGUUGGAAAAUCCCGCCUCAAAAUCUAAAGGAGUUUCAUCUUCAUGUAUGCUUCCACUAGGAGAUGAUCCUAGUGAGGGAAAGAAGCUGGUUUUGUUACCAACAACUCAACCAAAUCCAGGAGGCAAUAUGCAAAGAAAUUCCUUGCUCUUGGGAUUGAUGCCAGUGAGUGUAUUGGAAAAAAGUCCUACUUCAAUGCAACAAAGUUGAAGACAUCGAAGUCCUGCAUAUUGGGUGACAUCAUGCAUGAGAGUUGAUGACAAGAGGAAACUAAUUGUUCCUCUAUGUUAUGGGUAAGUAAAGAAUUGUUACAUUUUGUUAAGAUUGGAAUGUUUUAUUAUUGCCUUCUUUUCAUAAUCUUACUAAUCUUAUUUCUUUUGUUAUUUUAGAUUUGAGCAGAAAAAGGUUGGACCUAUAAGUAUCAA